AUGCGUAUUCCUGUAGACCCGAGCACCAGCCGCCGCUUCACACCUCCCUCCACGGCCUUCCCCUGCGGCGGCGGCGGCGGCGGCGGCGGCGGCAAGAUGGGCGAGAACAGCGGCACACUGAGCGCGCAGGCGGCCGUGGGGCCCGGAGGGCGCACCCGGCCCGAGGUGCGCUCGAUGGUGGACGUGCUGGCGGACCACGCGGGCGAGCUGGUGCGCACCGACAGCCCCAACUUCCUCUGCUCUGUGCUGCCCUCGCACUGGCGCUGCAACAAGACGCUGCCUGUCGCCUUUAAGGUGGUGGCUCUGGGGGAGGUGCCGGAUGGAACGGUGGUGACUGUGAUGGCAGGCAACGAUGAGAACUACUCCGCUGAACUGCGCAACGCCUCCGCCGUCAUGAAGAACCAAGUGGCCAGGUUCAACGACCUUCGCUUCGUGGGCCGCAGUGGGCGAGGGAAGAGUUUCACACUGACCAUCACCGUGUUCACCAACCCCACCCAAGUGGCCACCUACCACCGAGCCAUCAAGGUGACUGUGGACGGACCCCGGGAGCCCAGACGGCACCGGCAGAAGCUGGAGGACCAGACCAAGGCAUUCUCCGACCGCUUCGGGGACCUGGAACGGGUGCGCAUGCGGGUGACGCCAAGCAUGCCCAGCCCCCGCGGCUCGCUCAGUACCACAAGCCACUUCAACAGCCAGGCGCAGACCCCCAUCCAAGGCACCUCAGACCUGAACCCGUUCUCCGACCCCCGGCAGUUCGACCGCUCCUUCCCAACGCUGCAGACCCUCACGGAUAGCCGCUUCCCGGACCCCAGGAUGCAUUACCCGGGGGCCAUGUCGGCUGCCUUCCCCUACAGCGCGACGCCCUCGGGCACGAGCAUCAGCAGCCUCAGCGUGGCCAGCAUGCCGGCCACCAGCCGCUUCCACCACACCUACCUCCCGCCGCCCUACCCUGGGGCCCCGCAGAACCAGAGCGGGCCCUUCCAGGCCAACCCGUCCCCUUACCACCUCUACUACGGUGCAUCCUCUGGCUCCUACCAGUUCUCCAUGGUGGCCGGCAGCAGCGGCGGGGGCGACCGCUCGCCCACACGCAUGCUGGCCUCCUGUACCAGCAGUGCCGCCUCCGUGGCCACCGGCAACCUCAUGAACCCCAGCCUGGGCGGCCAGAGCGACGGCGUGGAGGCCGAUGGCAGCCACAGCAACUCACCCACCGCCUUGAGCACCCCGGGCCGCAUGGACGAGGCAGUGUGGCGGCCCUACUGA